UGGUUGCAUUUUCUGGUUGUCAAAGAAAGAUAGACGCGAUGGUUACGUUGUUCGGUGGUUAAAAUGCCCUGUAUUUUGCACUGACUUUAUAUAUUCACCUCAGUCUCUUCUGCAAAAGAUAUAAAAUGCCGGAACUGAGUGAUCAACAGUUGAAGGACCGGGUGCAGAAAUUAGAAAAUUUGUUAAGGGCUCGAGAGGAGAGGAUCGUAGCACUUGAGACAGAAAAUGCAAUGCUAUAUCUCAAACUGGCGCAGUGUCAAGGGUCUGUCCGAUCUUGCCGACAUGAGUCAACACACUACAGACGCUUGUUUGAUGAGGAGAAGGGUUAUAGAAAGAAUUCUUUGCAGACACUGAGAAACUCUAGUGAUAAAUUACAGGAAGUCAAAUUAGAACUACAUGACUUGAGAAAGAAAGUAAAAGCCCUUCCUGAACUAUUGUCUCAAGAAAUGGACAAGACAACAAAACUCACUGAUCAGUUUGGCUCCAAGAAAAUGUCCAGCAUGGAAGGACUUCAAUCCAAGCUUCUUAAGACAGAAAUGGAAAUGGUUGAAUUCCGUCAAAGGUACAUCAAGGAGAAGUCUCGGAGAAUGACAUUACACAACACUCUUGUAGAAAUUCGAGGAAACAUCAGGGUUCACUGCAGACUGCGUCCAUUAAUAAGCCGGCUGGACUCUCCUGGUGACGAGGAGUCCCUCGGUCGAGAAGGAACCCCUUCGGAAAGAGUCGUGGAUCUUCUAGACGAAGAAAAACUCAUGGUGAGGCCUACCAAGCCGGUUGGUGGUCAGAUGCAGAGAAAGGAGUUUGAAUUUGAGAGAGUUUACAGCCCUGAUACUGAUCAACAGUCGCUGUUUGAAGAUGUAGCGCCUCUACUGACCUCAUUAUUAGAUGGAUACAACGUGUGUAUCAUGGCGUAUGGACAGACCGGAUCUGGUAAGACACAUACCAUGCUUGGCAGUCACGACCUGGACAUGGAGAUUGAUUCUGAGUCGCUGAAUAAAGAUGAAGGGAUCAUACCACGGUCAGCCAAAGAGAUGUUCAGAUUAAUCUCCGAGCGGGAGAAUCCCGAGGAAAGCUACGCUCUGGAAAUGUCUGUGUGCGAGAUUUAUAACAACGAAGUUCGGGAUCUCCUGGCUGGAAAGAACGCUUCUAGGCUUGAUAUUGUAACAAGCAGUGAGGGAGCGACCGAGAUUCCGUCUCUUGUAACCAGAGCUGUAUCCACGGUGCAAGAAGUUAUGGCGCUUGUUUACUACGGCAUGCAACGCCGACACGAAGAUGCCACGAUGGUGCAUGCGCAUUCCAGCCGCUCUCACCUGAUUGUGCAGUUAACUAUCUACACUAUCACCCAAGCGAAACCGAGCUCAUCAUCGUCACUGUCAAGUGAUGCCGCACCCUCGCCCCCAGGCACCCCGACAAGAUCACGGCGAACAUUGCCCCAACCGUCAGCUGGGCACAUUAGUAGAUCUCAGUCUCCCGCGCCCAGAAGUAAAGCUGCCACUAGACGUUCAAGGUCUCCAGCGCCCGGCACAGCUGCUGCUGCUCGGUCCAGAUCUCCUUCUCCGACUCGGAACAACAAUUCCUCAACUAACGGAAAUCAGAGUCAGAGUGUCAAGACCAAGCUACAGCUUGUCGACUUAGCUGGAAGUGAAUGUGUUGGCAUGUCUGGGGUAACUGGCGCUGCAUUAAGAGAAACAUCACAUAUUAACAAAAGUCUGAGUGCCUUGGCGGAUGUGUUAGGAGCACUGUCUGAGCACCGCCCACACAUACCUUAUCGUAACACCAGACUCACGCACAUGCUACAGGAUACUAUAGGUGGCGAUGCAAAGCUUCUGGUCAUGCUCUGCGUAUCUCCUGCCCAGCGGUUCCUCACAGAAACGCUGCAGUGUCUAGGCUUCGGAUCACGUGCUCGUCAGGUGGCUCGCGGUAAAACACAGAAACGACGGCCCACCUCAUUUGUUCCUAAUAACCUGACGAUAGAUGUCAGUCAAGUUGGAUCAUCCUCUUUAAGGGGUAAUGGAAAUUUGUCUCCAAGAAUCUUGGAUCUCCGCGGUGGUGGUGGCCGUCGCAAGUCAGGCUUUAAUUUCGGGGAUUGAUAAGUACUUUGGUUGUCUGAUCCACGACUUUCUCAGAAGAGCGGUCUUUAAUCCACUGCUGGACUGAUGCAUCACGAGUCUACUCUUUUGUGUCCCACGUGAUCUACUUCUCUUACAUAGAUACGAUUGUUGACCACGUGACAAAGGCCUACGUAUCACGUGAUUCAUUUUGAAGUAGAGAUUGCGAACACUUUCGUUCUUACGAUGCUGAUACAAAUAUGUUGAAAACAUCUCAGGAGUUACGGGGUAAAGCAGCUUAAACACAAAGUUUACAGAGUUUACUUUUGGUAGUUUAAUACCGGUGAAAGAAUUUGUAAAUCUUUUCGGCAUUCUCAUUCUUACACCCUAGCCACGCUGGUGUAAAUAGUCAACUCGUCUAGUUUGAAUUGUUUGCAACUCUAUUUUUACUAUACAAAAUUAUGCCCCUAAAAUCCAUUUUCAAAGGGGGAAGUGGGGUAUAUUAUUGAUUUGCCGAAGCAACAGGGAAAGCUUUCUUGUCAAAUAAAAUGGAGAGAAUCAAAUUGUUUGGCAACACCAUCAUGGCUGUCGUGACGUCAGGCGAGAGUUCUUACUUAAUAAGGCGACGCUUCCUUUUUCCUUUUUUUUGUUACUGUAUAGUCCUAUGCAUCCACUACAUUGAGUCAUUAAAAAACGUCCCAUUAUAAGUAAUGUUAACUUUGAUUUCAUGUCGGUUUAGUUGAGAGAGAUGUUCAAACUCUCGUCGCGUACUGAUCAUUUUUUGCAGACAGUUGUACAAAACGUAAUAUGUUGACCACAAAUUAAUAAACCAUGUUAGACAAGAAAGUGAAUAAAAUCACCAAUACUUCUCGGAUGA